UUCUUCUUCUUCUCUUCUUCUUCUGUGCCUGCAGUAUUAGAUGUUAUACUCAAGUACACUUAAACAUGUAAGCCGGUGUUGCUUCAUCAGCUCUAUGUUUUUGCAUGCAUUUCAUAUAUCCAGAUGUGUGUGUUUGCUUUCUUGAAUCAUAUUGACUCUUCAUCCACCACAUGGUAAAUGUUAGGACUCCACAUUUGUCUGUAUCAAAGAAAAUGCAUGUGUAAAAUCCCUCACUCCCUCCCUGCCUCCCUUUCUUUCCUCCUUGCUUUUUUCCUUCAAGCUUCUGAGCAGUCUUUGUUUCUAAUGCUGAAGGUUUGCUAUAUUAUUUUGUUCUAUUAUAUAUAUUUUUUAGAAACGUUGCUAGAUAGGACUCCUAGAACAUUUGCGAAGAGAUGUCAUUUACCAUAUCAAACUCUCAGGUCCUAGUGUUGAAAUAUUAGCCUGUACUUUGCUUAUUUAUACCUGCUGCUGUAGAAAAAACAAAAGUUUGUUCAUGACACAUGUAAUUAUCAUAAAUAAGAGAGAAAGGGACACCUUUUUGAAAUUAGUCAUAGUAGUCAUUAGUGAUAUCUCUGAGCAGUUCUUAAUUUGAAAUACUUCAAAGAAGUAAAGGUCAUGGAUUAGCUGAAUGAAAUGCUCCAGAAGUUGCACUGUAUAAACCAUCAGUACAAUAAUACACUUGUGUAUGUAUGUGUGCGUGUGUGUGUGUGUGUGUAUGUAUGUAUGUAUAUAUAUAUAUAUAUAUAUAUAUAUAUAUAUAUAUAUAUAUGAAAUGAGAAUUACAGCAUAAUUGGAGCAUUUGCAUUAAUGAGCAAACUCACGCUGAGACAAACUUAGUCUCCUAGCCAUCUUGAUUAAACCCAAGUGUUCCACGUUGCUAUGAAGAGUAGUAGUCUCUUUCAAACACUUUGAAAAGUAAUUAUUUGGAAACUUAUAAAACUAUUACGUUUUUGUAUUUAGACACCUAUACGGAUCUUCACUUCUUUGAAUCUGAGCUUGUGGGUGGAAUUCUAAAUUUGUAUCAUAACCUGUCUUUUGUGGAAAAUUUUGAAAACAGUAUGUGUAAUAUAAUAUAUAUGCAAAUUGUGUUGUGUCACUUGUAAAGGGAAAAGGCUUAUUUUUCUUUAUACUUCUGAUAACUUGUUUUGCAUAUGACCAGCACUGACUGAAAGGCAUGUGUAAUUGCAAACACUGUUGCUUUUUCUUUUUUGUGAAAUGAAAAUAAAGUAUUUAAAUAUAAAUACUGUGUGGACUAUUUGGAUAAAUAAAUUGCAUAUAUAAAGUGGUACAUCUUCUCAGAUUAUAUACUCUACAAGGGUAAUGACUGUAUUCACUGUAUUGCAUUGUUUGUUUUUUACCCCACUAGUACCCCAGUAUCUCUACUGCCUGUAACUCAAGGUUUCUCAGGCUCACACUAUUUGAUAUCUGGGGCUCUCCCGUGCAUUCUAUGAUGACUAGCAGCAUCCUUGGCCUCUAAUGCAAGUAGCAAAUAUGGGCUAAUGGAACUUUCCCCACCCCCAGUGUGACAACGAAAAAUGUCUUAAGACAUUGCCAAAUUUCUCCUGUGAUGGGGUGGGGUGGGGAUUAAAACUUUCAGUGGAUGCAUGGAGCAGGGGGCUCAGUAAUAGUUAUAUGAACUGUAGGGCAAUUAUUUACUUUUUAGACUGAAUUGCUUCCUAUAAACACCCAGUACCAGUUGAUACAGUAAUAAUUCAGUACCUAAAUCAGAAUGAGACAUGUAACUACUUAUGCCAGUGAAACCAAGGAACACUUACUAUCUGAAGGUGAAAGGACACUAAAUGUUUUCAAAGAACACCCCUUGCUUUGAUUCACAUGUAAUUGGAGUGGGACUGCACAGCUGUUAUCAAGGGACACUGCGACAGUUAUGUUCCUGGUCAUGUCUACAAAAGGAGUUUCUCUGUUCUAACCCCAUGAGUAAUCUUGAGAAUUGAGAAUUUCUUAGGCUUCCAGAUAUGAGAACUAGAACCAAUAUUCUCUUCCAGUAAUUGUUAGGGCUUAAAGUUGGGCAUUUUAGAGCAAAUACAGUGUCUCUUAAUCCCCUUACCCAAAAACCUGUUUCUGGGGACACAAAGAAACCUUGAAGCCAUACCUUCUUAUAAUCUCCUAUGGUGAUCAUUAAUGGAGAAUCAACAAAGUGAAGGCAACCCACUGAAUGGAGAAGAUAUUUGCAAGUGAUCUGUUUAGAGGUUAAUAUGAAUAACUUCUACAACUCUACACUAGAAAACCAAAUAAUCUGAUUAAAAUGGGCAGGAGACCUGAAUAGACGUUUUUCUAAAGAAGACCCGAUAGCUAGCCAACAGAUACAUGAAAAGAUGAUCAACGUCACUCAUCAUCAGAGAAAUGCAAAUAAAAACCACAAUGAGAUAUCACCUUACACCUGUCAGAAUGGCUAAUGUCAAAAAAACCAGGAAAUACCAAGCGUUGACAAGGAUGUGGAGAAAAAGGAACCCUCAUGCACUGUUGGGGAUGUAAAUUAAUACAGCCACUAUGGAAAACAGUAUGGAGGUUCCUCAAAAAAUGAAAAAUAGAAUUACCAUAUGAUCCAGCAAUUCCACUACUGGAUAUUUAUCCAAAGACAAUGAAAACACUAAUUUGAAAAGAUAUACCCAUCCCUAUCUCUAUUGCAGCAUUAUUUGCAACAGCCAAGACAUGGAAGGAACCAAAGUAUCCCAUUGAUAGAUGAAUGGAUAAAGCUGUGGUAUGAACGUUAUUCAGGCAUAAAAAAAGAAUGAGAUCUUGCCAUUUGCAACACACAAUAACCUAGAGGUUAUUGUGCUAAGUGAAAUAAGACUGAGAAAUACCAUGUGAUUUUGCUUAUAGGUGGAGUCUAGAAAACAGCAAAAACAUACCCAUAAACACAGAGAACAAACUGAUUGGUGGUUGCCAGAGGGGAGAGAGGUAGGGGUAUGGGCAAAAUGGGUGAAGAGGAGUGGGAGGUACAGGUUUUCAGUUACAGAAUGAAUAAGUCAUGGGGCUGAGCGAUAUAGCAUAAGGAAUACAGUAAAUGGUAUUGUAAUAAUGUUGUAGGGUGACAGGUGGUAGCUAAACUUGUGAGCAUAGCAUACGUAUGGAGCUGUUCAAUCACUAUGUUGUACACCAGAAACUAAUGUAGUAUUGUGUUGUCAACUAAACUUCAAUAGGUAAUAGUAAUGUACUGGGGUAAUGUUCUUAGGAAUUUUGAUUUUGAUCAAAAUCUUCUGGUUACAUUUUUUUAUACUUUUUUAUUCAUGGAUAUCUGCAGUAAACAAUUGAACUAAAACCCAUUAUAAAUGUAGAGAAGAGGGGCAACUGAGUGGCUCAGUCGGUUGAGCGUCUGACUUUGGUUCAGAUCAUGAUCUUGCUGUUUGUGGAAUUGGGCCCUGUGUUGGGCUCUGUGCUAAAAACUCAGAGCCUGGAGACUGCUUCGGAUUCUCUGUCUCCCUCUCUGUCUGCCCCUCGCCCACUCACUCUCUUUCUCUCUCAAAAAUAAAUACACAUUAAAAAAAACUUUAUUUUUCAAAAUCAUUUUUAGAAUCCAUGCACAGGAGAGUUUGAUUUGGUUAUAUUUUCUUUUUGCUUUACUUCAAUUCAUACCAUAAAGCCCUACACAGCUCCUGCAACACACACACACACACACACACACACACACACACACACACACACACACACACACUCAAGCAUCUAGUGCUUCCUAAAACUUGUGAGUUGAACAACUGACCUACAUGCUAUACAGGAGUGUUAUUACCAGAGAGCAAAAACAUACUUUAAAAUCAUCAUCACAUCCUACCUUCUACAGUCAAUAAUUAGUGAUAUGUUUCUAAUGCUUUCUGCUUGUUCUUCAUUUUUACUACUUUUCUUAUGGAUGGCCAUCCAAUCGAUUAUGUGAUUGUGAUUUCUAUUGUUGGCUGACCUGAAUUAUAAUCAGGACUUUUGCUUAUACGUCUAAAAAUUUUUAUUCUUACUAUGCCGCUCAUUUUUUUUGAAGGAAGAACGUAAUGUAACAUAGUAAAAUAACCAAAUAGAGUAGUUAAAGUAGAUGACGUUGCCAUAGUUGAACUGUUGAGCAGGCCGCACUAGGAGGCAAUAGAUUCAAAGAAGUCAGGGACGGACAAGAAGCCAUGUCAGCUUAGGAAAGGCUUAUUUAUAAAGGGGACUCGGCGUGUUGCUUAUUCACAUGCCAUUUGUAUAGAAGCCAAGUGUGGGAAACAAGAAGCCCUUUUGUUCCAUGUUUUCUCAUGCUGCUCCUCUAUGUGAACAUAGCCCAUGUGAUCCUUGGUUGCUUCAUCAGGAUUGUACAUUGACUGCCCUGGUAUUUAUGGCUGAGUAUAUCUUCAUUUACUUUGCCUCCUAGCCUUUUGGGAUUUUUAACUUGAGCAAAAUUCUUGGAAUGUUAGUAUUUUACAUGGUAGCAAAAGGCAAUGAUUUCUAGAAAUUUAAAUAUUUGAAAUGCUAUGAAACAUAGACUGGCAUCAAUCAGGACUGGAACUGGUUCCUGGUACAGUGAUUUGCCACUUGUCUCUUAAUUCCUAUUAGCCUCAGUUGUCUCCAUUAAUAAAACAGAGAUACUGCCUACCUUGUGAGGUUGUUAGCAUUAAAUAAAAUAUCUAUAGGGUGUCUCGGUGGCUCAGUGGGUUAAGCAUACAACUCUUGGUUUCGGCUCAGGUCAUGACCUUACAGUUCAGGAGUUCGAGCCCUGUGUCACGCUCCGUGCUGAGAGAUUCUCUCUCUCUCUCUCUCUCUACCCCUUCCCUGCUUGUGAUUUCUCUCUCUCUCUCUCAAAAUAAAUAAAUAAAUAAACUUAAAAAAAUAAAUAAAUAAAAUAUCUAUGAAUUACCUAGUACAAUGCCUGUAAAUAUCACAGUGACAUGGUAAAUACCACUGCCAUUGUUAAAACUGCCUGCUGUUUUCUGGGGUGUAUGGAUGUUAACACCAUCAGUUACAGAUGGAAAUGAGUUUUUUAAUUGAAUGCAGUUAUAUAACUUGCCAGUUAGGAAAUUAGGGAAAUACUUUCAGUCUAAUCCUCUUUGUAAAUUUAAGCCUUAAAUAUGCAAAUUUAAUUUGAGAGUUAUUGUAGUACAUUAGAAAAAGCAUGAAGUUAUAGAGAUCUCACUGAAUUUGGUUAAUUAUAAAUAAGUAUGAAAUAAAAUCUUGAUUAUUGACUAAAUGCAAUGGUGGUAAUAACACCUAUUUUGCAGUAAUAACAUCAGGCACAGAUAUAUAGGAAAUAGAUCUGGUACUUCAUAUAUGCUUGUAAAUACUCCUUUUUUUCCUUUCAGUAAUGUAUUUGCCUUCAGUAUGCAAAACAAGCAUGUACGAGUGUCCAUUCUACCUAGAAAAUAUUGUGUACAACUUUGGGCAUGGCAGAGAAAUUGGCCAAAUGUGUUAAGAUCUCUGUUAGUGCUAGAAAGAACUUUCCAUAUGAUACAGUCUAAUUCCCUAAUUUUACUGAUAAUGUAAAGGAACUCAGAAGCUCUGCCUUAGCUAUGACCCCCAAAUAUAACAUUAUAUGUUAAAUUUGUAUAUGUGUUUGUAUUAGAAAAAGUUUGUGUCACCUUUGAGACAAAGGAUGUGCAAAUGCCUACAGGAUACUAUUUCCUUGGAAAUAAGAAUAUUAGAAUUUACUGUUGAAAGAGGUGUUUCAUUUUAACAUAGAGUGUGGAGCUAAAACUAUCCUAAUAUUUUAACUUUAAACUCAAUGUGAACAAUCUACCAUGAUUUCGAAAGAGUAGAUAUAUGGUAUAUUAUCAUAUGCCCUUUUUUGUAUGUUUGAACUAAGUGGGUACAACAAAGUAACCUCUCUCAGGUGGAAGAUGCUAAUGUCAGGGAGGUUCAGAAAGACUUCUCUCCCCACCAAGGGAAAUAUCAGGGAAGAGGAAGGGGUGGUUAAAACAAUGGUGAGGUGCCAAGUGCUGUAAUGGUUGAUAGCUUCACCAACUACAGGUAGAAGAUGAGGAUGAACCAUUUUCCUAAAGUAGUUUGAAGUCAGCCUGAGAUGGGCCUUUUGUCCUUGAGUGGGCUGUAGAAUCCUUGACUGUGGGUGCUGACUGCUGUCUUUCUCAUGUUUCUACAGACUCCCUGUUGCCAGAAGGUCAGGAACUUAAGGAAGUUUACAGUCAUGGGAAGAGACAAUAUUAAAACACAGUUUUAAAACCAUCCACUUGACAUAUUUAGUCUUUAUUGGGAAUUGGGUAGGGGGAAAUAACCUGGAUGUCAGUUGACCUUCCUCUGCCCUGCAUCCAUGCCCAUGGUCUCUUUUCUGCCUUGAGCAAACCUGGGCUUAGAACCUAACACCUCUUUAAGAUUCCUUCCCACAAACUCACUAUAGCCAAAGCAUUACUGAGCAAUGCAGAUUUUCCCUAGGAUUCUAUAGGGGAGAGUCUCUCACAUGCCACAACGAACAGCUUCAUCAUCACUUGAUAUUUCUCUUCUCCAGAACCUCUCCUUUACCCUGUUGUUUCUGUGGGAUCUUUUCACUUCCUGUAAUCAUCCAAAACAUGCAUGCGCACAGCCACACAGAUACACACACGUGCACACCUGUGCUCACUCUUACUCCUAGACAUCUCCUUGAACUUGAAAUGUCUCUCUUCUGUGGCAUUGCACUUUGGCCGCCUCACCCAGAUGCACAUGGCCAAGUGCGUCAGGAGCUCCAGGAAACUAAUGGCCUGCAGUUAGCAGCUGGUCCCUUGAUUUAGUGGACCCGUCUGUGGCUUUUUGCUAUUUGGACAUACUCCUUGGAAUCUUAUCCCUUACUCAAAGCAGCUUAUCAACUCUUUAUUUCAAACAAGCACAUUGUUCUCAUAAAAAGAAACUUUAUCUCCCUCUUUUGACUGGCAACCAAUUUCUUCCUGUUUUUCUAAGCUAAUAUGAAAAUUGGCUUAUAAUAUCUGAGCACAUCCUGACUUUGGGUGAGAGAAAGCAGCCAUAAGUUGAACUGGUAGAAGAAGGAAGCCAGGCCAUGUUUCUCAAAUGUUUUUUAUGGCCCAUUCACUCAAUAAAUAUUUGUAAUCAUCCACUAUGCACCAGGACUUGUGCUAGGUGGGUACAUGAUGCCUGACUCUAAUGUGAGCAGCUGGCUACAGCUGGGAGAAUGCCACCUGGACUUUAUAAACACUGGCUGCGUGGUGGGUGGUAAAUAGUUGAGGGCAGUUGGGUUCAUGAGGAACAGAAGUGAAGGGCGUCCCCUGGGAGGUUUUAAGCUACGAGGUAGGUAGUUCUGCAGCCACCUCAGAAACAGCAAGCGCCUGGAGUGGAAGGGGGUGGGGAUGGGGGUGGGGACACUGGCUCCCCAGCCAGAAUUCCCCCUCCACUCCUGUGGGUGUGUGGUGCAAUGUGAAAAACGGAGGCCUCUCCCCAGAUGCUGCGUGAGUGCCCACACGUCCCGCCUCAUGUCACUGAUUGGGAACCAAAGACACUUGAUUCGCACUGAGGAACCACACAGGUAUUCAUUCCUGAGGGUGUUCCAAGUGAAUGACAAGAGGCUGGAAGUUAAUUGCCUGUUUCAGUUUCACUCCAGGUUUCCCUUAAGUUCUAAUUAGCAAUAAAUGAGCUUGGCUCACCUCAGCCUAAGUUGUGAGAAUGCUUCCUUGUCUGAGUUGCUCAGGGUAGCUAGGUGAGAACAAGGAGAGUGUUUCAAGAUAGACUUCUAAAUCAGGGAGUCUCGAUUACACCACAGUUCAAUAAAAGGGAGAGGGCUUGUAGCUGCCUGCAUGUUGAAAACUUACAGGUGAAGUCACAGAGUAUGAUUAAUUAAACACGCCACACAGGAGACGCACUGUUUGUCUGCUUGGCUUCAGAUGACAGGCACCGCGCCCCCUGUAUUUCUGUUAGUGUCAUCUAGCCUCAGGAAUUCUAGCGGCAGUUCUGAUCUUUGACCUCUCUGAGGUCCUUACCUUAAAUUAAGAACAGUCUGCCAGAGGUCUUUUAUUUAUUUAUUUAUUUAUUUAUUUAACCAAUGAGAACAAGCUUUCGGAUGCAGCUACCAGGAUUACCUAGUUAAUAAUAGUAAUGUGAUGGGUGGCCGUGGAGAUGCCAGGGGGACCACUGAGGUGAGCUCUCACCUCCAAGGACAGAAGAUUUGGUGAAGGCCAGGAGAAGCUGACAGGUGUGCUGGGUCCUCAGCUGCUAGAGGGAAUGCUUAAUUCAAUUCGGAGCAGACCUCCCGAGUGACCUUUCCAAACCUUGUUUUUUGUGCUAAUCCACAAAGGGUGGCAGUUCACUGAGGAACUGCACAAAAUACGGAAUGCUUCAUGAGUUUGUGUGUUAUCUUUGCUCAGGGGCCAUGCUAAUCUUCUCUGUAUCAUUCCAGUUUUAGUGUCUGUGCUGCCCAAGCGAGCACGGCAGAAGUCUUAGAACUUGUGAUGCAGUGCCAGCAGUAAGUGGGUGAGAAAUUCUGGUGGCUUCUGUCCUUGCCCAGUGCUCACCAGGAAUGAACAAAAGCAGGUUCCAGAUCUAAUACUUCAUUGAGAAAGGAUGUGGACUCUCAAAUACUACAACUGUGAGUGCUGUGGGAGUGAUUUUGUCAGCUGCAAGGCUCUGAAGUAUCACUUUCAACAGAAGCAUUUUGGAAAAGUUCACUAUGAAAAAUUUGGCCAAGAAGUCCUGAGGGAGAAGCUCCAAGAUCACAGUAAGUCUUUACAUGACAGGUCAGCCAUGGAGACACACAAGCUCAACUGGGAAAAUCUAGAAGAAAGGAAUAUAAAGCAUAUGGCUGCAGAAAUAUCAAAAACCUGCAGGAUGUGUUCUAGGCACUUUGGAACCGUCCUUAGUCGGGAGAAGCAUGAAAUACAAGAACAUCACUUCACAGCCAGAAAAAGAGCCCAAAUGUCUACAGGAUUUUCACCUCAUAAUAUGUUGGAGUGUAAAAGUCCCCAAGAGCUACAGAGAUUUGCAGAUAAAAAUAUCCGCCCUGCCUCUGGUCAUCUGAGCACUGCAUGUGUGGCUGAAAUUGGGGCCCUGUUCAAGUUGAUCCAGGAUUGCUUUCCGGUGCCGGCCUCCCGAGUGAUCCAGGGUGGUUCUUAUAUAAAGGGGACUGACACCCAAGGAUGCUCAGAGAUUGACAUCGUGUUGUUCAGUGAUGUGUUUGCCAAUGUGAACCAUUGCAAAAAACAACUGAGAGAAGCUCUGGAUGCUCUGAGGGAAAACUUAAAGCAAACAUCACGUGGAAACAGGAUCCUAAUGGGAAAGAGAGCACCAUUGGCUUUAAGAUUCAAUUUUUUAUGUGCUGAAGGUCUUCACAAUCAUUCUUUUGAGAUCAUGGCCUGCUAUGAUGUCCUGGGGCAUGCACGCUCCACAGAUUUAAAACACCUUUACUGCAAACUGUAUCUCUGUAACGACAGUGAGUCAGCACAGCUGUGUGCCUUGGCCCUCUUGCCGUACCAAGUGAAUUUUGUCAAGGCAUCUGUGGUGAGGGUGAAGGAGCUCAUUCGUUUAAUGAUACAUUGGUUCAAGACGUCAUUUGCCAAGUCCACCGAGGAAAAUAAAUUCCGCAGACUUCCCUCCUCUUACACAGUGGAGCUCCUCACAAUUCACAUCUGGGAACUGGCAGGAAAGCCGCUGUUGUUCAGCCUGGUGCAAGGAAUGAGGGCAGUCCUCAAACUUCUGGUUCGAUACACAGAAAUUGAUGUCGUUUGGCACAGACACUACCAUCCCAAGUUCCCCAUUUUUGUAAAGGUUAACCAGAAACACACCAGGCCAUUCAUUUUAGACCCCGUAAAUCCUACUGUCAACGUGUGUGACACCUGCAAUGCCUGGGACGAGGUUGCCCUGGUGGCGAGGCAUAGCCUGUUGAAGCCUCUUUUCAGCAGAGUAAGAGCUGAGCCCCCUUGGCUUUUCACAAACAACUGGUAAACUGGACAAGGAGCUACUCUCCUCAGAUUAUUUUUUUUUAAUUUUUAAAAUGUUUUUUAUUUUAUUUUUGAGACAGAGACAGAGACAGAGUGUGAACAGGAAAGAGAGGGAGACACAGAAUCUGAAGCAGGCUCCAGGCUCUGAGCUGGAAGCACAAAGCCAGAUGCAGGGCUCGAACCCAUGAAUCGUGAGAUCAAGACCUGAGCUGAAGCUGGAUGCUCAACUGAGUGAGCCAUCCAGGCACCCCUGUCCUAGAUUUCUAUGAAGAAAUUAUAAAGGACACAAAGCACAUUCCCAGUAAGAGUGCUCUGGACGAAAGGCAGCAGGAAGAAAGCUUGUCUUACUCUAAUUCACCAUAUUAGUGACCCAAUCUUUAAUCAACAUACUGAUGUAAGUCAUCAUUUAAGAUAAACGGAUCUAUUUCAACCUUUAGGAGAAUUGAAACAUCCUCCCCCAUGUUUUGGAUUGGUUUGCUUUGGUGGUCUCAUGACCAAAAAACACUAAAACAAAAUCUAAGUAGCCACAGUGAAUAAAUAAAACAAAACUCCCAGGUCAUUUGAGAGACAAUUAUCUGAAAGGGUAAAAUAACUCCCAUUUUUUAGUUUUAAUUCACUAUCAUUUCAGGUUGACUUUUCAAUUCUCCUGGUAACCUAGUAUUUCAUUGGGUCACCUGUGUUUUCAAAAUUUCCCUAUGAAAACCUGCUUGCAUUAAGUAUGGUGUAUUCGCUUCCAGACAUAAACUUACAAAUGAAUACAUGGAAAGAUGGAAAUAUCUGGAAAAAACACAAUGGAUUGCCUCAAAAUAAACUGUUCCCCAAAUCAUUUUAUGACUGCCUAUGUCAUGACUCAGGGGUUAGAGUGGAGCCAUUCUUAAGGUUUCAAGGUGCUUAGCCAUAAGCAAGGAUAAAUAAAAUACUCGGGCUAUUGAACUGUCCAGUUCUGCAACAACUGUUUUCAAUUGGUGGUAUCAGCUGUUUUCCUUUCUAUUAAGUAGCGUUAGCAGCCACUGAUAAUGAAAGCCAGAGCCCACCAGAAAUAGACCAGAGGAAAUUUCCUGACUCACUUGCAUAGCAACAAUUCAUCAGCAUGGAAGAUGUAUGAAGUGUGACUUCAGAUUAAUGCGAGUGAUUAGACUUAUCCACAUGACAGAACUCUUACAUAUAAAUGAGCACUGGCCCCUUCAGGCGAGUCCUCAGAGAACUUGUAUGCUUAUAUUCCAGUGAUGUGAUUGGUCUGGAAACACUUUUGGACUUCCCUUCAGGGGAGAAUGUUCUUUUGAACAUCCUUAAUGGUGACAAAAUUUGUCCUUUGAGGGUGGAUUUGAUUUUUGGAAAUGGUACAAUGUAUUCAUAGUGGACAUCUGUUGUUUUCAUCUACCCAGAAUCCUCUUACCCAAUUACAGGUUGAAGAGACUGCAUUUGUUCUAUUGUUCACUCUGCCUCUGAAGGCUCUCAAGGAGAAAUAUUUUUAAAAUGUCUUAGGAAGUGCACUUCGGUGGCUUAGUUGGUUAAGCCUCUGACUCUUGGUUUCAGCUGAGGUCAUGAUCUCGUGGUUUGUGAGUGUAAGCCCUGCCUGGGACUCCACGCUGACAGCGCAGAGCCUGCUUAGGAUUCUCUUUCUCCCUCUCUCUCUGCCCUCCCCUACUCAUCCUCUCUGUCUCUCUUGAAAUAAAUAAAUACAUUUAAAAAAAAUAAAAAAUAAAUAAAAUGUCUUGGGAAAUGUCCAUCUUUCCUCAUUUUGGUGACUGCACCCAUAUCCACCUCAGGUGACUCCUCCCCCUCCUCCACUAGAUCUAAGUUGUUCAGAUGGGAUGACUUAACCACUAGUUCUAUGGGGACAGACAUGUAAUUCAGGCCUGGCACAGUGAUCGAACUGAAACACCACAAUAGCGCUCAGUUCUGGGAUUUGGGUUUGAACUGCUGGGAAGAGAAUUUCUUCCGCUGCUAUGAGGGAAGCAUGACACUACUAGUCACCAUCUUGCCGCUCCAGGGGACAGCAAGCCUAAUAAUGAGGCUGACACAAAAAAAAAGCCGAUUUGAGAAAUGAGCAAUGAUACACAUGUGCACACUUAUGUACAUAUCUAUAUCAUGACAGAGACCAAGUCCCGGUUUGUGCUCCUGGACCCAGAUGUACUUGCAACAAAAACUAUCCUGGGACUCUUGUGUCACAAGCCAAUAAACUCUCCUUUUGCCUAGUGGUUUCUAUUUGGAUUUCUACCUUACAAUCAAGUGAGUCCUGACUAGUCUAGUAGAAGAGAGAAAGACUGGUGAAUGAAUUAACUCAUCAUCAAGGAGUAAGGAAGGCACCAACACUGUUAACAAAUUUCUACUCAAGAGACAUUCAUUGAGCACCUGCUAAGUAGUUGAUCUAAAUAGUCCAGUUGCUAAAAUAAACUAGUCAGUUCAGGAUGGCAAGAAGCUUUCAGCCAACAAAAGAAACUGCUUUUCUUCCUUUGCUUGCAUGGAUUCACAGGACCAUUUCCAAAGAGGAGUUCAUGACAGGAGUUCAUGUCUUUGCCAAAGACAGCAUUCUUGAGGAUUGUUAGAGAAGGUAACCAAUUUUUUAAGAAGACAACAGUCAUUUGAGAUUAUGAAUUCUGUCUUUUUAAAAAUAGAGUUCUAUUUUCCCUCUGUGGUCAUACCUCCUGUGGAAGGUGAGAACACAGCCCAGCAAGGGCAGGAUGAUCAGCAUAGGAUACAUAAACUUAUUUCAGAGCUGGGAGGACUCCUGGCCACAUUGGAGGGGGAAGGGGAGUGAGUGGGGAAAGGUGAUCUCUGUCCCAAGUUCUAAAUCUACUUUUCUCAGCAGCAUGUUUAUCAUUCGAAGAGGCUCUUUCUGAUGUCAGGUUUUUUGGGUCUAUGCUGAGGAUAAAAAAAUCCAGAAUAAUAGAGUGUGAUUUUGCUCUGAAUGGUUUCCUUGGU